GUUCUCGGCAAAAAUCAAUUAAGCCGGCCGUCAAUUCACCACGGUUUCACUAUAGUACUGAAACUAUAACCGGAGCCCAACAAAUAAUUGUGUGGCCAUAACACUUCUCUCUUUUUUGGAAGAGAAUACCUUUAUGCAUUUAGUAGGUUUUUACGAGCUCUUUUCUUUUUCUUUUUCUUUUUCUUUUUUUAAUUUUUUGCACGAAAGCUUAUUGGGCUAAGCUUCUUGGAUGUAAAGCAGAAUUCAACUAGAAGAUAUAUUCACUACGCCAAACACAAAGACAUUUUAUUUCAUUUCUCUUUGAACAACUACAAAGAAUUACGACAUUUAUGCUUUCAAGAAUUAAUGAAAGAAACAGCAAACGAUAGAAAACCUCUCCAAACAAACCAGAAAACUAAAUGGAACUGAAUUACUAUUUUUUUAAUUUUAUCUUGAGGUGGAUGUUAAGAAACAAUUCUCUCCAAUUCCACUCUUAUAACUUAAAUUUAAAAUCUUUUAUUUUUAUUAGAAUAAUGUGAUUACAAACCAUAAGAAUGCGAGUACUUGCAAUCGAAAGAAAAUAGAAGCCAUUCAACACAGCGCAGAAAUUCGAAGCGAAGCUAAAAAGCACAAAGUAAAAAAGGGAAUUCUUGUAACUAAAACAUGCAGUUUCCUAUCAAAGGUUGUUUCCAAAUAUGUCAAUACAAUUCUCUGAGUAUGUUCAACUAGAUUAUAUAUACAUAUAUAUAUAUAUAUAUGUAUGUAUACAUGUUAGGAGGCUAAUUACUUGUCAUCACAAAAUUUUAAAUUUUAAAUUUUAAUUUUAAAUUAAUAAAUAUUAAUUUGACCAAAAUCUUAUUAAUACUAUGGCCAACUAGAUGAUACACUGAAACACAAAAUUUCUUGUAAUCAUAUACAAUAUCAAAACAUGCUGAACUUCAUACAGAAAGUGCUGAACAUCACACUUAAAAAUCUUGGGGCAAAGUCUAUUUUUAGCCCCUCACCUUAUCAAAUUUAAAGGUUUUAACCUCUUAACACUUUUAACUCCUCAUCUUAUUAGAUUUGUAUGUUUUAGCCCCUCACCUAUUAAAAUCGAAAAAAAUAACCCUCACUUUAUACUGAUUAUUAACUCUGUUAGUUGAAAAUAGAUUUUUAUCAAUUAACAAUCAAUUAAUAGCCGAUUAACAGAAUUAAUAAAAUAUUAUAAAGUUAUUUCUGUUAACUCUGUUGGUGAAAGAAGAUUUUUGACAACUAAUAGUCAACUAACAGUCAGCUAAUGGAAUUAAUAAUUAACUAACACUUUUAACUCCUCAUCUUAUUAAAUUUGUACGUUUUAACCCCUCACCUAUUAAAAUAAAAAAAAAUAACCCUCACUUUAUACUAACUGUUAACUCUGUUAGUUGAAAAUAGAUUUUUAUCAAUUAA